UUCCUUUAACGUGAUCAUCCAGAGAGAUCUUUCGUUGUUAUAAAGCGGCUUCCGCUCUCCGAAUUUCGCGUCGGCUACUAACCCCUGCUCCUUCCCUCUAUCUCUAUAUAUCUGGUCCCAGAUCCUCUCUUCCCUCCCUUUUUUAUUGGCUUUGAUCUAGGGUUUCGAAUCUCUCUCUCUCUUUCUCGCGAUCCUUUCCUCACUUCUUCGAUCGACUUCUCCCGGUUUCACUCUCCUCUGAUACCUUUUCGAUUUCAGAACCGUCUUCUCCGAUCGCCACAACGGAGCGCGGAGUGCUUCUGGCUGGAAUUCGAGAGCCAGGGGUCUUCUGUAAGUGGAUGCUUGUUCUAGUUGUGGGUGCUUAGGAUGACGAUUCCCAAUUCGGAGAACUUCCUCUCGGGAGGAAGCUCUCUUCCGUGCACUCCCGAGGAAGAGAAAGAAAUCGUAUUAGAAUUGACCAGAGCCGCGGAGGCUAAUCAGAAGGAGGGGGAUCUGUACUACGUUGUCUCCCAAAGAUGGUGGAGGGACUGGCAAGAAUAUGUGGGGUUCGACAGGUUCAGGGAACAUUCUAGCAAGGGCCAUCUAAGCAUCCUAUCGAGACCUGGAAGAAUAGAUAAUUCUAAGCUUGUAUUGAAUAGAACAGACACAGAAGGUAAUGAACUUGAUCUUCAGAGGCAUCUGCAAGAAGGAGAAGAUUAUACUUUGGUUCCCCAUGAAGUUUGGAAGAAGCUCCUUGAAUGGUAUAAGGGUGGACCAGAACUACCAAGGAAAGUUAUUUCUGAGGGUGUUAUUGUUAAGGAGCUCAGAGUAGAAGUUUACCCCCUGUGCCUUAAAAUAAUUGAUGCAAGAGACGACUCCCAAAGAACAAUUAGGAUUAGCAGAAAGGCUUCGGUAGGUGAGCUUUACAAAAUUGUUUGUGCACUCCUUGAGCUGGAACAGUCGAAGGCCCGUAUUUGGGACUAUUAUGAAAAGAGUAAAAAUUAUAUUUUGACCAACUUUGAUCAAACCUUAGAGGACGCUCAGUUGCAGGUGGACCAGGAGAUUCUUUUGGAGGUGCAACGUGAUGGGAUUUGGCCUUCUAAUUUUAACACAAAUCCAACAGGAAAUGAAUAUGCUUUGGUCCCAUUGGAACCUUCAAGGUCAUCUAUUACAAUUGCUGGAGGCCCCACUUUAUCUAAUAGUAAUUCAACUGGAUUUGGCACCCAUUUGCUACAGGGGAAUAGUUUUAGCUUACCACUAAGGGAUGCAGAUGGUGAUGGCAUUUUAAACAAUGGGUCAAAAGUAGAUGGUCGCGGACUGACAGGAUUGCAUAAUCUGGGCAACACUUGUUUCAUGAACAGUGCCAUUCAAUGUUUAGUUCACACACCCCCUGUGGUUGAGUACUUUUUGAAAGAUUAUAGUGAUGAGAUAAAUGAGGAGAAUCCUUUGGGAAUGCAAGGUGAGCUUGCAAUUGCAUUUGGGGAGUUAUUAAGGAAAUUAUGGUCAUCAGGACGGACAUCAAUUGCACCACGUGCAUUUAAAGCAAAACUAGCUCGGUUUGCUCCCCAGUUUAGUGGAUAUAAUCAACAUGAUUCUCAAGAGCUUCUUGCAUUUCUAUUGGAUGGGCUGCAUGAAGAUUUAAAUCGUGUAAGAAAAAAACCCUACAUUGAAGCAAGAGAUGCAGAUGGUUGUCCAGAUCAGGAAUUUGCUGAUGAAUGUUGGAAAAACCAUAAGGCUCGGAAUGAUUCUGUAAUUGUGGAUGUUUGCCAGGGUCAAUACAAGUCAACAUUGGUAUGCCCAGUUUGCAGCAAAGUCUCUGUAACAUUUGAUCCCUUCAUGUACUUGUCAUUGCCGCUACCUUCAACAGUUACGCGGAUGAUGACUGUUACCAUAUUCAGUGGUGAUGGGAGUUCUCUCCCCAUGCCUUUCACUGUAACUUUACCAAAAAAUGGUUGUUGUAAAGAUCUAAUUCGAGCCUUGAGUACAUCUUGUUGCUUAAAGAGUUCUGAAGCAUUAUUGCUUGCAGAGGUUUACGACCACCGUAUCUAUCGCUACCUGGAGAAUCCCUUUGAGUCACUAUCUAGUAUAAAAGAUGAGGAGCAUAUUGUAGCCUACAGAGUUCCAAUAACUCAUGAUAAAUUACUGAGAUUAGAGAUAAUGCAUAGGAGAACAAACAAAUUUUUAUCCGAGCCUCAGUUUAAUGUUCUCAGGAAGCUUAUUGGAACUCCCUUGGUUACCUAUUUAUCCAAGGACUCUGUAACUGGGGCAAACAUCCAUGCUGCAGUGAGUGCUGUGCUUGCACCAUUGCUGCGAGCAAAAGCAUUUCCUCCCAUGAAUCAGGUCAAAUUUAGCAAGGAAAAUGGUGGUGGGCCAAGUUUGGAUUCUAUUGUUCUGACAGAUGAUGGUACUUGUUCAAGUGACAAGGACAUAUCCACAUCCAAUAUGGAAUUGGAAGAGAGAGCUAAUGGGCUUCCAUCCUUGCAGCUUGCUUUAACUGAUGAGAAGGGUGUCAGCAGAACCUUCAUUGACACUGAUUCUAGUGUUUUUCCUGUAUCUUGCAUAAGGGUAUUGAUGGACUGGUCAGACAGAGAACAUGAACUAUAUGAUUUCAGCUUCCUUGAGGAUCUACCUGAAGUUUUCAAGUCUGGAUUUAUGUUGAAGAAAACACGGCAGGAGGCAGUCACUUUGUUUUCAUGCUUGGAAACAUUCUUAAAGGAGGAACCUCUAGGCCCUGAUGACAUGUGGUAUUGUCCUAGCUGCAAGGAACACAGGCAAGCAACAAAGAAGCUGGACCUAUGGAGGUUGCCCGAAAUCUUAGUAGUUCACUUGAAACGAUUCUCUUACAGUCGAUUCUUGAAGAACAAACUUGACACCUUUGUGAACUUCCCUGUUCACAAUCUUGAUUUAAGCAAGUACGUGAAACACAGGGCUGUUGGUCCCCAUUCUUAUGUAUACGAACUCUAUGCUAUCAGCAACCAUUAUGGUGGCUUAGGUGGCGGUCACUACUCUGCAUAUGCAACGUUAAUAGAAGAGGACAGCUGGUAUCAUUUUGCUGACAGUCAUGUUUCCCCUGUGAAUGAGGAUGAAAUCAAGACAUCAGCAGCUUAUGUGCUGUUCUAUCGGCGAGUUAAAGAUGAUUCCAAGAUGAGUGUGGAGGAAACAUCAUCCUCCACUAAUUCAACAAGUUGCUGAGUAUGGAGUAGCAUGGGCUUCACUUUUAAAGCCAUGAUUCAGUUGUUCUGAUACUGCUAGAAAUGAUGACCAAGUUGCUUGAAGUAGCUGACUCUGCUGCUAUGGUGUUUGUGACGGCCCUGGUUGUGGGGUGAUAAGCAGGAGUUUCGGCUUGUCAACUGGCUGUCGAAUAUCUGUUGCUCUAUACAUGUUGACAGGCCGGAAGUGGUGUCCAAAUUCUAGUUAGUACAGCUGAUCAGGCGGCUCAUUCCUGUGUUAGAAAUUUUGGGUUUGAUCUUUUUUAUAUUCUUGAGUAUUAAUCAUUAUAUAAGGUUAUGUUACCAAAAAACUCAUCAUAUAAGGUUCCAUUUUUCUCUCUCUUCCCAUUUAGUGGUGAAAUUGAGUUAUUUGUGUUCUUGAUCUAUAUCAAAUUUUAUACUUACUUUCUGUAAGCACUUUACCCAUGGGCAGGGUACCUAGGGUUAUCUAGACUUUUGCUUGUAACCUGCAGUUAGUUUUUUCUAUGCAGGCAACUUCACAUUCCCUUGGGCUACAUUUGUUUGUGGCAUAGGUAAAACUGGAAGCCAAACUUGGAAUAAUGAGAGUUGUUUCAGGUGGAAUUGUUGUACUUGGUGUUUAUUA